AUCAUCCUGUCACUCUGUAAGCUGACACUGGUAGCGGUUCUCUUCGCCUCUGCUCUUCUCUUUAACCACAGCCAUGUCGGUGUUUGCUGAGGUUCCACAGGCCGCUCCUGUCGCCGUCUUUAAGCUGACGCAGGACUUUAACAACGACCAGUGUCCCAACAAGGUGAACCUGGGAGUAGGAGCCUACAGGACAGAUGAAGGCCGGCCCUGGGUUCUGCCCGUGGUGAAGAAAGUGGAGAAGAUCAUCGUGCAAGAUGAAAAACUGAACCACGAGUACCUGCCCAUCCUGGGUCUGCCUGAGUUCAGGUCUGCAGCCUCCAAGAUCGCACUGGGAGACGACAGUCCUGCCAUCCAGCAGAACAGGGUGGGAGCUGUGCAGUGUCUGGGCGGCACUGGUGCCUUGAAGAUGGGCGCUGAGUUCCUCAGGCGUUUCUACAACGGACACAACAACACCAAAACACCUGUCUACGUGUCGGCGCCCACCUGGGAAAAUCACAACGCUGUUUUCUCCAACGCUGGUUUUGAAGAAGUUCGUCCCUACAAGUACUGGGACGCAGCCAACAGAGGUCUGGACCUGGCUGGGUUUCUUGGCGACCUGGAGAGUUGUCCAGAAGGUUCCGUCUUCGUGCUCCAUGCCUGUGCCCAUAACCCCACCGGCACAGACCCCACACAGGAGCAGUGGAAGCAGAUCGCUGAAGUCAUGAUGAGAAGGAAGCUGUUUGCGUUCUUCGACUCAGCCUAUCAGGGCUUCGCCUCAGGCAGCCUGGACAAAGACGCUUGGGCCGUUCGCUACUUUGUCUCCCUGGGCUUUGAAAUGUUCUGCGCUCAGUCGUUCUCCAAGAACUUUGGCCUCUACAAUGAACGUGUGGGAAACCUGACCAUUGUGGCCCGUGAUGCAGAGAACCUGAAGCGAGUUCUGUCCCAGAUGGAGAAGAUUGUCAGGACCACGUGGUCCAACCCACCCUCUCAGGGGGCUCGCAUCGUUGCCGUCACUCUUAAUUCACCGGAGCUCUUCAGCGAAUGGAAGGACAACGUGAAGACCAUGGCUGACAGGGUCCUGUUGAUGAGGGCCCAGCUGAAGGCCAAGCUCCAAGCUCUGGGCACACCAGGGACCUGGGACCACAUCACAGAGCAGAUCGGGAUGUUCAGUUUCACUGGACUAAACCCCAAACAGGUUCAAUACAUGGUGCAGCAGAAACACGUCUACCUGAUGGCCAGCGGUCGCAUCAACAUGUGUGGUUUGACCUCCAAAAACAUCAGCUACGUGGCUGAGUCCAUCCAUGAGGCCAUCACCAAGGUCCAGUAGAAGACCCUGUUACCCACAAUCCACCUCAUUGCUACUUGCAUGGUCCUGAGCCAUCCUGAAUCCGGGCAUUCCAGAGUUUGUAUCCAUCUGAAGUCUCGGAGCGAUCACGUGCACAACUGUCGACUCCUUCUCCUCGGACACAACAAAGAUGUCUCAUAAUUCCAGUCCCAGUAAGAGAAUUUUCACAGCACGGGAAGUUUACCUUCAACUCACUGUGGUCACACUUUCUUCUUCUGCUUGCACAACAUUGGUGGUCACAUAUCUGCUGCGUCUCUCAUUCCCAUGUUCUACCACCGGGUUCCUACUGAACAUCUGGAUCUGGAUCGGCUUUAUGUUUCAUCCUCAUUCUGUUUCACAUUCCUAUUUGAAUUCAGCUGCGUGAACAUCACAGCUGAACUGGAACAAACGUUUUUUUGUUUUGUUUUUUUUGGUGUUAGAAUAAAAUAUCAACCAGUGACGACUGCUCUCAGGAUAAAAGUUUUAAAUGUUGUUAUUUAUUUAAAAUACCAACUUCUGACUUCUACUCAGGUUGUAGUAAAUUUGUCCUCACUCAUGUUCAGUAUUUAACACAACUCUGCUCAGUGUUCAUCUCCAGUCUGGAAUCAAUGACACAGAUGUACUGCAGGUAAUAAUGAACCGCUGUAGUCCAAAUGAUAGCCAAUGAAACAGCUGGAAUUCCCUGUCAGGCUAUUUAAAUGGACAUACUGCUCUAUUAAAUAUCUACGCAAAUAG